UCCACCAUGUCCUCCCUCCGCUUCAUUUGCCAGCGCUGCAGCCAGCCCCUGAAACUGAAUCAGUCCAUGGAGACCUCCCAAGAACCUGAAGCUUUGAUGAUCAUCUCAGCUCAGGGGGAGCCAGGAGAAACCCAGGAGGGAGGCCCUCCUUCCAGGGAGGAGGCAGAUUUUGAAAAUCUACAGGAAGGUGUCUCUUACAGGACCCUUCCUGGCCUCCCUGGUGGCAGAAUGUCCUGGGACAAUUCUGACAACUUCACCCUGCUUGGGAAUUUGGGCUCCCUGAGAACUCUCAACAGCAUCCAGAAGGCUGCAAGCGACAUUUUUGACAUCCUCUCUGAUGAAACAGAUGUGGACCACCCCAUGUGUGAGGACUGUACUGACAAUCUUUUAGAGCAACUGGACAUUCAUCUCACCAUCACAGAAUCUGAGAUUCAGAACUACAAACGCUGUUUGGAGACCAGGGAGUUGAUAAGUGAGGAGAGGGAGACGCUGCAGGAGAAGCUGAAGGGCCUGGAGCUGGAGGAAACGAGGCUGGUCCAGGAGCUGGAGGAGGUGGAAAAGAACCGAGAAAGGGCAGCAGCAGAUCUCGAGGCAGCCCAGGCAGAGACUGAGAUGCUGGACCAGCAAGAAAAGCAGUACCAGAAGGACUACAGUAAGUUGAAAUGGCAACAACUAGAACUACAUGACGAGCUGAGUAGUGUGGAGAAGCGGCUAUGGUAUGCCCAGAUCCAGUGGAACCAGCUGGAGAAAACCAGUGUCUUUAAUGCCACGUUUGAGAUCUGGCAUGACGGCCCCUUAACUACCAUCAAUAACUUCAGAUUGGGCUGCCUCCCCACUGACCCUGUGUGCUGGAAUGAGAUUAACAUAGCCUGGGGACAGACAGCCUUGCUGCUCCUUGCCCUGUCCAAUACAAUUGGACUGGAGUUUCAGAGGUAUCGACUCAUCCCCUGUGGAAACCAUUCCUAUCUGAAGUCUUUAACAGAUGACUGCAUUGAGCUGCCAUUGUUCUCUAAUGGGAAGCAGAAUGUUUUCUUGCAUAACAAAUUUGACCAGGCUAUGAUGGCUUUCCUGGACUGCAUGCAGCAAUUCAAGGAACUGGCUGAGAAAGGUGGCUCAGGUCUCUGUUUGCCCUACAAGAUUCAUGUGAAGAAAGGCCUGAUGGAAGACCCCGGAAGCAGUGGUGGAUUCUAUUCCAUCAGAACCCACUUGAACACAGAGGAGGGGUGGACAAAAGCACUCAAGCUUAUGCUUAUAAAUUUUAAGUGUAGUCUCACUUGGGUCUCCUUAAGAUACUGUCAAAAAUAA